AUGAACAAUAUCUCAGAUAGAUUUAACAUCGGCAAGAAAUUAGGAUAAGGCACCUUCAGUUAUAUAUACGAGGCCUUCGAUAAAACAUUGAAAUAGAAUGUCGCACUCAAGAUUGAGAAAAAAGACAAAAAUAAAAAUAUUCUGAUAUUUGAGUUUAGUGUCUUGAACAUGCUUAAGGGUAAUAACUUAGCAAAAGUUAGAAAAUGUCUCGAUGAAAACUACAGUCUCAAAAUCGCUAUACAACUUCUAGUAACAAUAUAAAAUUCAUCUUAUUUCUCUUAGAUUGAGAUGCUAGAUGCAAUUGAAGAGGUUCAUGAUAGAGGAUUCAUUCAUCGGGAUGUCAAAGCUUCAAAUUUUGUGCUAUCCAGAGACAAUAAGCAUGUUUAUAUUGUUGACUUUGGUCUUGCUAAGAAGCACUUAGAUGAUAAUAAAGUACCAAUGCCUUAACGUCGAAAGGCGGACUUCAGAGGCACAGUUUCAUUCGCUUCCCUAAAUGCUCACAAUAAUAUUGAUCUUUCAAGAAGGGAUGAUUUAUGGAGUCUUUAUUUCGUAAUCUUAGACUUUCUAAAUGAGAAACUUAAAUGGAGAGAACAGAAGGAGUAUUCCAUGGAGGAGGUUAAAAAUAUCAAGACAGAAUGCCUGAAUAAUCCUGAGGAAAAACUUUGGAUUGCUACAAAAGACUGUCCAGAAGUCAAAAACAUCUUCUACCACCUCAAAGACUUGAGUUACAAAGAUAUUCCAGACUAUAAGUUCAUUAGAAAUCAACUCAAAAAUAUUCUGGAGAGAAACACAGAAAUCCCGAGCAACUAUAUAAGCUAAGUAGCUACUUAAGCUUUUAUAAAUGCAUAAAGGGUCAAUGGAGGAGCCAUAUCAUAAAUUUACUUACAGUAAUAGCAAUAACCUCCUUUCACAGUGUAUCAUGGUCACUAAUAUGCUAAAGCUUUAUAGUAUAGCUAGAAUAAUGCUGCAAACACAAACAACUAAUAACAGCAAUAAUAGCAAUCACAUUAAAAUUAAAUUCAAGAAUUUUAGACACCUGAGAGACCUCAAAAUCAUCACAGAAUUUCUCACAUAAAUGCUGCUUCCAUGAUGCAAUAAUAGCAUUUAAUCACACCUUUGACUCCCUAAAAUAAUUAGUCAAUCCUAGAUGAUGGAGCAUUCCCAAAAGCUUCUCCUCAUCAUCUUGUGAAUGGAACCCUCAAUUAAAAUGGGCAAGUUAUCCAGGGAUGCAAUUUAUAGAAUAACUUAACUCAGUAAUUUUUUACUACUAGCGUGUAACAAAGAAAAACUGAUUGCAUAUCUCAACCUCAAGAUUAAUAAAAUGGCUUGAGAAUAAAUCAAAUUCAAAUGAAUAACAACGUUGCCUAACCGGUAGAUAUAGGGAAGCGUGCAGCACUCAAGAGAAAGCAAGUUGAUCAGUUAAUUGAAUAAGUUGUAAGACAUGAGCAGCUUUAAGCUCAAGAAGGUGACUAAUUAGGCAACAAUUAAAUCCAAGGGGGUAACAUGAUUGACUAAAAUAACAAUAAAAAUGGACCUACAUCUCAGGCCCAAGUCCGAAGGACAAAGUAAGUAACUAAGUAAGAAAAGAAGGUGACAGCUGGGGUUUAAGUAGUAGCUACUUAAGCCAACGGUAGAAAGAGAGAUGUGAAAAAGCAACACUAAAUAAAGAUAAUUCCUGACGAGGAGCCUAUCUAGAUUAAAACAAUCUUAGACAAUGCCUAGAAUGAAUUAAUCAACAACACAUAGGGAGGAAACUAAAAUGGGCAAAUUAAGUCAUCAACAAAUCUUAACCUACCAAACAACAUGCCGAUCUUUCAGUUCUCUCCCCAAAAUGCUAGUAAUGUCAAUCAACAAAUAAGCAUUAGCCAAAACUUUUACUUGUCUCCAUAAUUUUUACUCUUGCUUGGAGACCAAGAAGCCAACACAAAUCAGUUACUCUAAUAAGCAACAGUAGCUGCUUAACCUAACGGUCAAACAUAUCCUUUGACUACAACAUUAUAGAGCACUGCUAGUCAAACUGCUGGUAUAAUGAGUUCAAGAGGACCCACCACUCAUAUUACUUCAUCAUAAAUCCCAGGCUUCAAUCCCAACAACCCAGAGCUUUUGCAUCAUCCUAGCAUGAUUCCAUUGAAUUUAAACCCUCAGGGUAACUUAUUCAACAAAAUAUAAACAACUUCUCAAACUUUCACAACACAAUAAUAAAUAAAUCAAGAUGCAUAAAUAAAUUAUGCAGCCUAGUAUAAAAAGACAAACCAAAGUCUAGAAACUAUGAAUGACGGAAAAGUCAAAGAAGACCAAUAAUUUAUUGAGAAGAAUUACUUGAUUUAGUCCAUUCCUUAGCCUCAGAUCCAAAGCUAAUAAAUUGUGAAAUUCAAAGGAAACAUUCCUCAAAAGAGCACUUUCUAUGAUAUGCUAUCAUAAAACUCCGCAAACACUAAGGGAUACAGAUCUAGCUAAACAAAAAAGUAAUAGUCCUCCAUUUUGAAUGGCUAUUACUAUGAUCCGAUUCUAAUUGAAAAGUAAAACCUACCCUGCUUCAAGGUUGAAAAGAUUACUCGAAGCCUGCCUAAAUAACUUAGAGCCUAUUAAUCUGAGACUUUGAUGCAAGGAAACUAAAAUUUCGCUGGAGUUACACUUAACAAGCAGAGUAGUCUCAUGAAUGGUCAAUUCAUAGGCCAAUAGGAUGAAAUGCUACAACUAAAGCAUUUGCUAAGUCAAUCUGAGGCAAUGAACACAGGUGUCUAGAUAGAUUUACAAUAAUAAUGA